AUGAGAAUUGUGUUGAUUGGUGCUCCUGGCUCUGGGAAGGGGACUCAAAGUUCACUGAUUAGGGAACGCUAUGAAUUAUCGUACCUCGCCACGGGCGAUAUGCUUCGCGAUGCGGUGGCGAGAAAAACCCCGCAGGGAAUUCUUGCCAAAAACGCAAUGGACUCCGGUAAGCUUGUUGAUGAUGAAAUCGUCUUUGACAUUGUUAUGAACGCCACAAAACGAGAGGAGUGUGGGAACGGCUACGUCUUAGACGGCUUCCCACGGACGAUACGACAGGCCGAGAUGGUAGAGAAUUCGGACAUGCGCAUCGACAAGGCCAUAGAGUUCACCGUUCCCGAUGAAGUUAUUCUCAAGCGCACGAGCGGACGGUGGAUCCACCCGGGAAGCGGUCGAAGCUACCACGAGGAGUUCAGACCGCCUAAACAGCCCGGCGUGGAUGAUAUCACAGGCGAGCCGUUAAUUCAACGGCCCGACGACCGCCGUGAGGUUGCUGAGAAGCGUCUGCGACUAUUUAAAGACGAAGCAAGUGCCCUCGCGGAGUUCUACAAGGAGCGUGGCGUCUACGCCCGCGUGGAUGCCGAUCGCACGGUUGAUGAAGUUCACAAGACGAUUGUGGAUCUAUUAGAUCCCAUAGCGGCUUCACUCGGUCUACAAGUACAUAAUAAAAAUGCAAUGUAG